CCAGCAGCAGCAUCCCUGUGCACCCUCCUCAUCAAUAUGCGCUUCAGCUCCUGAAUGUAAGAGCCUCUUCUCCUUCUUGCACAGUCAGACACGGCAAAGAAAAGCGGAGCCAGUGUUCACGCCGGGGAGGCGAUGUCUGCCCAUAUUUCAUAUCUGACUCCAUCCACUGCGAGCUGCUGACUUUUACCCCCCUCUUUUUCUCAGCCGACUUUCUCCUCUCGGGCAAUCAAUGGAUUUACUCUGAUUCGCGUCCGGAACCGUCUCGACUGUUGCUGCUGCUGUAAACAACGGGGGAAAAAAACAGAACAAAAAUAGGAAAAAGGGGUGAUGUUUGCUUUGCACAAGGUCCGCCAAUUUCGCGUCUUGUCCGCACUGGUUGUCGGUUCGAUUGUGUGUUGCGCGAAAAGCGUCAAUGAACCGGGCAACAUGUCUUUCGUGAAGGAGACGGUGGAUAAACUACUGAAGGGGUAUGAUAUCCGACUGAGGCCGGACUUUGGAGGGGCCCCUGUUGCAGUCGGGAUGAGCAUAGACGUGGCCAGCAUAGACAUGGUGUCAGAAGUCAACAUGGACUACACGUUGACCAUGUAUUUCCAACAGUACUGGAGGGACAAGCGUCUAGCCUACAUAGGAAUCCCCCUCAACUUGACCCUGGAUAACAGGGUUGCCGACCAGCUCUGGGUCCCCGACACCUACUUUCUCAAUGACAAGAAGUCUUUCGUCCACGGAGUCACCGUCAAAAACCGCAUGAUUCGCCUGCAUCCGGACGGAACCGUUCUCUACGGCCUCAGGAUAACUACAACAGCAGCGUGUAUGAUGGAUCUCAGGAGGUAUCCCCUGGACGAACAGAACUGCACUCUGGAGAUAGAGAGCUAUGGCUACACCACAGACGACAUCGAGUUCUACUGGAAAGGAGGCGAGUCGGCUGUAACGGGGGUGACGAGGAUCGAGUUGCCACAGUUCUCCAUUGUUGAUUACAAGCUGGUGUCCAGAAACGUAGUGUUUUCCACAGGUGCCUACCCUCGACUGUCUCUGAGCUUCAAGCUGAAGAGGAACAUCGGCUACUUCAUCCUGCAGACGUACAUGCCAUCGAUCCUGAUUACCAUACUCUCCUGGGUCUCCUUCUGGAUAAACUAUGACGCGUCAGCAGCCAGAGUGGCUUUAGGGAUCACCACUGUGCUGACAAUGACCACUAUCAACACCCACUUAAGAGAGACACUGCCCAAAAUCCCCUAUGUCAAGGCCAUUGACAUGUAUCUGAUGGGCUGCUUUGUCAUGGUCUUCCUGGCCUUGUUGGAGUACGCCUUUGUCAACUAUAUCUUCUUUGGGAGGGGACCCCAGAUGCAGAAGAAACUAGCGGAGAAGGCAGAGAAGGCCAACAACGAGAGGGCAGCCAAGUACGACGCUGCAAGGGAGGCAGGUAGUAGGACCGCGUCCCUAAAGCGGUCCAAUCAGGUUAAAGGUCUUCGCCACUCACGCUCGGCGGAACCACAUGGCCACGGGAACAUCCUGCUAACCACCCUGGAGAUCCAUAACGAAGUGGCGGGAGGUGAGAUCACUACCAGCGUGGCGGACAUUAGGAACUCUCAGUCCAUGGUGCAGUUGGACAGCACGGCCUCGUCGCACAUCCAGUAUCGCAAGCAGAGCGGCGGGAUCGGCCCGCGCUCUGCCAGCCGGCAUUCCCUGGACCGGGCUGCCCAGAUGAAACGCAGCCGCCUGCGGAGGCGGUCCUCGCAGCUCAAAAUCAAAAUCCCUGACCUGACGGAUGUGAACGCCAUCGACCGCUGGUCACGGAUCAUCUUCCCUUCCGUUUUCUCACUGUUCAACCUCAUCUACUGGCUCUACUAUGUCUGA